AGCGUGACCGGAGGAGGCGGGAGCUGGGGACCGGCGCCUUCUCCUUGCUUCUUGGGGUCGUGGCCUUGCUCCCGCCGUGCAAGGAAAGGGUGCAGGCGCGUCCGCGCGCGUGUGUGCGCGUGGGCCCUGAAGUGCUCGUGCGUCCGGGCUAGGUCUCUGCGGGGGCAGAAGCAGGAGCCAUGGGGGGGACCUCCAGCACCCGCCGGGUCACCUUCGAGGCGGACGAGAAUGAGAACAUCACCGUGGUGAAGGGCAUCCGGCUUUCGGAAAAUGUGAUUGAUCGUAUGAAGGAAACUUCCCCAUCUGGUUCGAGGUCUCAGCGGCAUUCUGUUUCUGAUGAAGAAUUGAAGAGAAGAGUGGCUGAGGAGCUGGCACUGGAGCAAGCGAGGAAAGAAUCUGAAAAUCAGAAACGACUAAAGCAAGGCAAAGAGCUGGACCGAGAGAGGGCUUUUGCUAAUGAGCAGUUAACCAGAGCUAUUCUUCGAGAGAGGAUAUCGAGUGAAGAAGAACGAGCCAAGGCAAAGCACCUGGACAUGGAAGACAAAGCUAAGCAGCUGGAAGAGAAAGAUAGAGUGAUAAAGAAGCAGGAUGCAUUCUACAAAGAGCAGCUGGCUAGACUGGAGGAGAGGGUAUGACUAUUUCUUGUCAUU